CCGAACGGAUGUGCAAGACUGUUUGGGCCAGCAAUGGGGAUCAUUUUCUUGCCACCAUCAAGUAUGCCAUCAAGCCAUUGACCGACGAUCAAACGCUCAAGAAUGCGACUUGUCACUCCUGUCACCCAAAAAACGCGCCUUGUCAAUCUUGUCACGCAAAGAAUGCGCACUGCUCCAGCAGAUCAGUUGACUUUCCGAGUACGUAUUGGUAUUUUACCCUUUUACUUCAUUGGUGGACUGAUGACGCGACGUUAUCUGGAAUUCCGUCGUGUCGCAUUUUAUUCUUCUAUCUUUGGCCAUGCUUCUGGAAUGGGAAUCUGAGAAAUUGGUUGACUUAGUAUAGCGUAUGCUGGAAAUUAAAGGCACUACAUUCC